AUGGCCCAGGAGGAAGUUUCGUCGCAGGAACAGGCCAGCCCCGCUUCCAAGAAAUCUUCCAGUGUACUCAAUCUCAAAUACAAAAAGUUCACUCGCUUCCAACUAUGGGUUUAUGAUGUUGUUGCAUGGAUUUUCUCGGUAAUUUUCGAUUGUUUCUUUAGAGAGAUCAGGCCAAGAGGAGCUUUCCGUCUUCCAAAGCAGGGCCCAGUUAUAUUUGUGGCUGCCCCUCAUGCUUCUCAAUUCGUGGAUCCCAUUAUUCUUAUGAAUCAGGUCAAGAGAGAAUCGAACAGACGCAUUUCGUUCCUCAUCGCCGCAAAAUCCUAUGCGCACCCUGUAAUUGGACCCUUGUCUCGUUUACAAUUGUCAAUUCCAGUCAAUCGGCCUCAGGAUAUGUUGGUGAAUGGUACGGGGAAAAUUUCGGUUGAUUUCGAAUCGAAUCCUUUGGUAGUCAAGGGUAAAGGUACAUUUUUCACGAAAGAGUGUGCGGUGAGAGGACUUCUUGCUUUACCUCAAUCACUUGGUGCCUCAGAGAUUGCUGAGAUUAGGUCGGAUACAGAAUUGGUGAUCAAAAAAGAAUUCAAAAAGUCAGAAAAGGUCGUCGAGUUGUUGCAAAAGGGUACUCCUUAUAAGAUCGCUGACAAGAUUGACCAAAAACAAGUCUACCAGUAUGUUUUUGACCACUUGAGCAACAAUGAGUGUCUAGGCAUCUUCCCUGAAGGCGGUUCUCACGAUAGACCGGAUAUGCUUCCAUUAAAGGCCGGUGUUGCAAUAAUGGCGUUAGGUGCUAUGAGUCAUGAUCCAAAGUGUAAUGUGAAAAUUGUUCCUUGUGGUAUGAACUACUUCAACGCUCAUAAGUUCAGAUCAAGAGCUGUUAUCGAGUUUGGUCAUCCAAUUGAGAUCUCCAGAAGCUUGGUUGAAAAGUACGAUAACCCCAGUACUCAUCGCGAAGCCAUUAAAGAGCUUUUAGAUACUGUAACUGCCGGAUUACGCGCAGUUACGGUAAAUUGCCCUGAUUAUGAAACAUUGAUGGUUAUUCAGGCCGCGAGACGUUUGUAUGCUGGUAACUUUGCUCAAUUUUUGCCUUUACCGAUGGUGGUAGAAAUGAACAGAAGAUUGUUACUUGGUUAUGAAACCUUCAAAGACCGCCCUGAUAUGCAAGAGUUGAAGAAGAAGAUUUUGCGUUAUAACGAAUUAUUGAAGCUGAUGAACUUACCAGAUCAUCAUGUGGAGGACUGUGAUGAAAAGCAUAAACUCUCGCUUUUGCCUGUCUUUGUCGGUCGGAUAUUAAAGUUGAUAUUUUUCCUCCUGUUGUCCCUUCCUGGUUCCAUUUUGUUCUCUCCCGUUUUUAUUUUCUCAAAAACUUAUUCUAAAAAGAAAGCUAAAACUGCAUUGGCUAAUUCAACAGUGAAGAUCAAGGCGAAUGAUGUCGUUGCAACGUGGAAAAUUCUAGUCAGUAUGGGAUUGGCUCCGGUCAUUUACAGUUUUUAUGCAUCCCUUGGUGUUUGGUACUGCAAGCGUCAUAAUUAUUUUUCGUCAUUUGGGUUAUUCAGCACUUGGCUAGGAUUAUAUCUUCUUGGGGUCCUAGUGACUUAUUCUGCAUUGAUUACAGGAGAACAAGGUCUAGAUUUACUUAAAUCUAUCAGACCAUUGUAUCUUUCGAUCUUUUCGGGUUCCUCAAUAAGUGAAUUGAAACAAUUCCGUAAAGAUUUGAGCCAAGACAUUACUGACGUUGUCAACAAAUACGGUAUUCAACUUUUCCCUGACGAUUUUAACUUACUCGAGGAGAAGGGUUCAACCAAAGAACCCUCUAUCGUGGAUGAAGCAAUUGAAGAAAUGAAAACUCAAGAGUUGAGAAAUCGAAGAAACGCGAAAAAGCUCUCUCAAAAGACAAUCGUGGACGAGUCAGACUCAGGUGUUAUUUCGGAUAGCGACGUAUCUGCAAAAGAUAUCCUCUCCGAUACAACUUCAGAAUCCGCUUCAAUCAAGCACACAAAUUCUUAUACGAACAUACCCAUGUUCUCAGAUUACGAUUUGCACAUGAAUGCUAAAAAUUCUCAAAUUGAUAUCAAAAAAAUCACAGGUUCAGUAUUAUCAUCCACUACAUCUAUGAUUGAUGAUUAUGGUCUGAAAAUUGCACACACACCUGUCUCGUUACUGAGUCAGGAAGAACAUGUUGAUGGAUCUCCUGUUGAGAUCAACUUUUCCACUAAUGCAAGAAAUGUGCGUAGCGCAGAGGAGACUAGGAAAAGCUUGAGCGAGAAGAUCAAAGACAAAGUGAGGAAAAACAGAGACAAGAAUGAGUGA